AUGACAGCUGCUAGCUGGAUUGCUGAAACAACCAGCAGCAGGCCCCAGCUCAGCAAACCAAUAGGAGAUCCUGAGACCCACUGUAGUAGAGCAGCUUUAGAACAAAAUGAGUCACUAAGUGGUGUGCAGCUGAUUAAGACCAGGGACAAAAUGGCUGCCAGCGAGGCCACCUUGUUGGACAUACUGAACAUCUCCCCAUUCUCCUUUGGGCUGAUCAUUCAGCAGGUGUUUGACAAUGGCAGCAUCUACAACCCUGAAGUGAUGGACAUCAUGGAUAAGACUUUGCACCCUCAAUUCUUAGAGGGUAUCUGUAACCUUGCCAGUGUUUGUCUGCAGAUUGGCUACCCAACUGUUGCAUCAGUACCCCAUUCAAUCAUCAAUGGGUACAGGUGGGUCUUGGCUGUAGCUGUGGAGACUGAGUAUACCUUCCCACUUCGUGAAAAGGUGAAGGCCUUCCUGGCCAACCCUUUGGAAUUUGUGAUGGUCACCCCUGUGGCUGCUGCUCCAGCUGCUGCUGAGCCUGCUGCUGCUGCUCUGGCCAAAGUGGAAGCCAAGGAAGAAUCAGAGGAGUGUGAUGAACGUAUGGGAUUUGGUCUGUUUGAUUAG